GUGCUCCGCCUCUACAGAGCAAAGGAUGUAAAUAGAAACUCUAGAGCUAUCAUUUUACCCUUGAUCCUUUGGGCAAAGAGGCGUUGUCACCAGAUCCCAGCAGCUCAUUUACAAUGAAAACCCUCCGGCUCGAGUCCGCUGAGGUGCACUGACAAUAACUUUCAAAAGGAUCAGUCAACCACUCAUUGCUGCCAUUUCUUUUAUUUAUUUAUUUACUUUUUUCAGCUAUGCCCAUCGCAGACCUUUUGGGAGGCCAGUUCGACAUGCAGCUGCUGCUGAGACUUAGUGUCACCGUGGCUGCAGUGCUGCUGGUUUCUUGGGCCUACAGGUUUUACAACUCCAGGGAUGUUCGAAAAAUACAGCCCGGAGGCAAAGACAACACAAAGCCACAAUAUGAUGCCUGCCAAAGCUGCAAGAAAACUCUGCACCAUCGAAGCCAACCAGAAUAUGACAAGGACGAUGGCAGCAAGCAAAUUGGACCUUCAUACGCAGACCUGCCACCUGACAGCACUAUGGGAAUACCAGAAGCUCUUUUACAUGGAGUCGAAAAGAGUGAGGAGGCAUUUAGUAUGCCAAAGAUUGGCCAAGACAAAUGUAGGAAAGAGGAGAAGCUCACUGAUUUGAACCAACCACUGGAUGAUAUCAGUAAUAUUUCGUUUGAUUCUGCUUUGAACCUCCAAGAUCCAAAAGAGAAUGGGUUGGCUAAUAUCAUGGGGCGCCACUCUCCUUGCUUUUUGCAGAAGCUGGAAGGUAGUGUGGGCGUGGGCAGGGAACUAAGGCAGGACUUGGAGCACCAAGGGGUGUAUUCCUGCUUUCUUUCCAAGGCAAAAAUCAAAGUUGAGGAUGCUAAAGUGGUGCUGGAAGGCUCAGGAGACCAGGUUGUGCACGGAAAGAUCUAUGAUUACUACGUUGAGUCUUCCUCUCACUCAGUUACUGAUUCAAACACUUUGUUGGGUCAGUAUGACAGGAGCCCUGAGUCAAAGCAGGUGGAGUUUGGGAAUCAUGGCAGCAGGUUCACACAGUCCCCUUCCUCGGUAAGCCCGAUCAUUAUAAGUGAUCUGGAUCCUCAACAAAACCCAGAUGAUGAUGUCUCCUCGGAAAGAAAUCUCAGGAUGGGUCAAGUUGCUCGGCCUGCACUCCUACGAAAGGAGAGCUAUCUGUCGGCAACAGAGGAUUCAGAGUUUUCCCUCGCCUUUCAAGCUUCAAGGAUCCCAUCUCCAAUGACACACUCUCUGGCUUCAACCAGCAGUGAGACUCUCUCUCUUCAAACCUCUAGAGAUAGCGAAGGACACAAAGUGAAGGAUAAGUGUGAUGUUGAAACAGUAGCAGGGGCUCCAUUUUUUGACACAGAUAUGGAAAAGUUGAAGAGUAAACUGGAUUUGGGUAACUGUCUAGAGACAUUUUAUCUGACCAAGAAAAAUGGCAAUUUGUCUUUGCAGCAAGCAUCCCUGAGGGUCAUGUCCGACAACUAUCUGCAGGUGCUCAGGGACCCUAAACUUUACGGACGUCUGAUGGCAGGUGAGCGGGAGCAAAUCCAGAGGUGGCGAAUGAGGGGGAGGAAGUUUGUCAUGGUUGCAGACAUGGAUCCUCAAGACUGGUUGAGGAGCACGGAGGGCCACGGGCUGACAGUGGAACAGAGGAGGAUGUCCAGUGCAAUGUACUAUUAUGAUGACUACAAAGACGCCUGGCAUCCUCUCUGCCUGAUCCCACAGGAGGUCAUCUCUAAAGCCUGUGCCAUGUGCACGAUGGAUAACUACUUAUUCGUGGCAGUGGGCUGCCAAGGCACGGACAGAGAAAUGACACCUUCAAAGCGUGUGUUUUGCUACAAUCCUUUGACAUCCAUUUGGAAAGAGAUCAGUCCUAUGAAUGAAGCCAGGCCCCGCUGCAAACUGGCAGCACUGGAGGGCUACGUCUAUGCCAUCGGAGGGGAAUGUCUCUCUUCGGUGGAGCGCUACGACCCUCGGCUGGACAGAUGGACUUUCGUGGCUCCGCUGCCUAACGAUACAUUCGCUGUGGCGCAUCAGGCCACGGUGUGCAGCGGAGAGCUCUUUGUUUCUGGGGGCACCCUUAGAUACAUACUACUGCGCUACAACCCCAAAUCCAACACCUGGAGGGCAAGUCUCAUGGUGGGCAGCAAUGACAGAACUGCAGAUAUGGUGGGCGUGGGGAGAUUUCUGUAUCGGUUUGAUGUGAACCCACUGCUGGGCGUCAGCGUGUACCGGUACCACACAGUGGCGCGAUUAUGGUACGAGUGCAGCUCCAGGCGACUUCUACACUGCCCUGCCUUCCAGUGUGUUGCCAUGAAUGGCACAGUCUACUGCGUCAGCCGACAGUUCACCAUGAGGUUCGAGGCUGAUGAGAUCUCUCCAGCUUUCACAGAGGCGGAUUUGAGUGUCCUCCCUGCAGCCAAGGGCAUACUUUUCCCCUUUGUCCUUUCACUACCUGAUAAGAAGCCUCGGCAGACAAGUGUGUAAAAACAAUUCAGUUUUCCUUUGAGGAUAAGAUUAAGUGAUGAUUUAGUAUCCCAACAAGAGCACGCUUUACAUCAGGUUUAUUGUUAACUGUGUGGAUUUUGCUUUGCAGGUCAACCUUAAAUGCCAUUGCAAAACUCUCCCCAUUGUUCAGUCAUAUAUCUGUGGUGGUAUUAAGAUCCCCUUCCAACAAAGACACAAUGCAUUAGUCUCAUGAAUAACUUUGUUUUCCCUGCAUUUGGUAUUGCACAAGAUUUGUGUAUUUCGCCUGUCCCUUUCCUGGCAGUAAAUUUUAAGCAUUAGACCGAUAAUAGUCAUUGAACUACUGUUGGUGUAGAUUUACACGAGAUUUGCUGCCAUGUUAAUUGUUUCUCUCUUUGAUUUGCCACUCCUUCCUACUAUUAUGCUAGUUUUAUAUCAUCCCAGAUGCUUAACUGCUUCAAUGUUAGAUAAUUCAUAAAAAAAUAAAAAUAAAAAGAUCCUAGAGUAAAUGAAUUCAUUCAGCUCUGAACAAAGGGGGAGAGCAAUGUUGUGACCAUCGAUCACGGGGCUCCCCUGAGUAGGACACAAAGAUAACUUACACAGUGGUCUGGAUACAAUUCACUUAUCCAAAGUUGCUCUUUAAGUAUGACAGGAUGUAAAUGGUUAUGCCACACAAUAUGAAUAGUUGGGCUUCUAAAGCAUUUGUCUCUAAAACUGACACUAACACUUGCACUUAAAGUAAUUUUUGUUGUGUUUAUCAUCCAGAAACAGUGUAUUUGUUUUAAACUUGGCUGAGUUGAGGACCAUGUUUAUUGUCCUAAUGAGAUCCCUUUA